CGGUUACGGAGGCGCGGACACACAGUGCUACGCGCGUGAAAGAGCAGUCGACGACGACGCCUUAAAUAAUUUACAAUACAAUACAAUACACAGAUACGCGCGGACGUUUUUCGCACGUUCGUGAAAACCGACGACGCGAGACAAAACGUAAGUAAUAUAAUAUCAAUAUAAUUUUCAAUAGUAAUUUGUUUUUCAAUUUAUAAGAAAAGAAAAAAAAAAAUCCCGUUUAUUUUACAGACUUUAUUUUGUUUACCGCGGGGCUUAUUCUGCCCUCGUUUAUAAAAACCCGUGUUCAAAUAAUCAGUCAAAAUUCCAUUCUCAACGUUCAAACAGUCUUUUACCACCAAUGUCAAUUAUCUGAAACGAAGGUAGGUAAUAUUGUUCUUAAGUGUGUUUAAAGUUUGCGUAUGGGAUUGUUUGAUAUAAAUAUAUAUAUGUGUUUUUUUUUAUUAUUAUUAUUAUUAUUAUUAUUAUUUUUGGUUUUUUCGACUGUUUAGAGUUUAAGAUUUAAGACUUACAAAAUUCUUAAAUUAAAACAGCAAAAGUAUUCGUUAUAUUAAAUACCUAUAGAUCAAUAUUAGGUUAAAAUCGUUUAACAAUUGAUUAUCAGUCAUGUUUUUAUGAACCUUCUUGUAUUUUGAGAUAAAUAUUUAUAAAAUCCAAUAUUUCAUAACAUUUGACUAUCUACGCCCACAUUAUUGAUGUCAUAUCAACAAACAUUCUCACAAAAAAAAAAAAAAAAAAAACAAAAUUAAUAAUUUAUUAUAAUAAAAUAAAAACCGGCUACCUUCGGUAUACUGGUGACAGGAAUCGAACUAACUACCUAUACAGUUUAUAAUCUAACGUUUAAACCUUAUAGGAUACGCUUACCUAACAGACAUCACUCGGUGUUUCUUAGGUGUGGUUAAUCCUAAUUUAGUUUUUUUUUUAAAAAUCAAUUUUUCAUGUUUCUAGCCUUCAUUUAUGUAGGUUUUAGGCGUGUCUUACCACCAUAUUAUUUUUUUUUCAGAUUAUAAAUAUUAAUGUGCAUACCAAGUUAGAAAAUUAAAAAAUCUAAUUAAAUACCUCAUAACAGAAACCAUGUCUGAUACUUGAUAAAUGUUUUCUUUUUGUAACAAAUUUAAUUUUAUCAUUAAUUAGAUUAUGAACUUAGCGAAGAGUGUAUUGGUUUUACUAUGGUGUGUGCUUUUUCUUCUCUUUCCGUUUACAGGACAUCGACCAGAACACUUGUUCUAAUCAUUGAAAUCUGUGAUGAUUUCUGAUAUCAAGUAUCGUAUCUAUAUUUAUAUACUUUUUUUAAUGGGAGACAAUGAGAAAAACGGAAAUAUUUAAGUAUAACGCUACUGGUUUUCGUCAAAAACGAUUUUGACUAUUUUAAUAAUGAGAAAUAACCGGAGAGUACUGAAAUUGAAACAGAUUAAUAUCUACUAUUCGAUUAAACCUGAUGCAGUUUUCAAGAUAGUCUAUAAGUAAUAGUUUUAAGUUAAAAUGUAUGACAAUAAUUUUAAAUAGAGAAAGUGUAAUUUAUAAAGGUAGUUAAAAAUUAUUUAAAUUUAGCAAACUUUCAAUCAAUCCCCGCUCAGAAUCGUAUUUUAUUUGUAAUAAUUUAAACUUAAGGAUUAAAAUGAACAUUUCUCUUAGGUACAAGGUAAAAUAACAAAUUAAACAAUUAAUGUUUAUUUAGUAAAAUAAAUUGUUCUCGUUUUGAAUAUUUUCAACGGUUUUAUUAUUCAUGAAUUAUGAACAAUAGUAAACUCAAUUCUUAAAUAUUAUGUAUAACAGUUUGUUUUUUAAAAAAGCAGUGGCAUAACCAGGAUUUAUUUUCCGUGGGGGUUUUAUGAGUUUGAAAAAUAAAUAAAUUUCAGAUGGUGUUUGGUGGGAUGGAGGGAGUAAGGUUUAAUUAGGUUUAAGAGUAAAAUCUUUAAAUUGUCUAACUUUCAUUUAUAGACAAUGCACAUUGGAAAACAAUUUAGACUCAUAUUAAUUAUGUAUUUAAAAUAUAUACUUUACUCAUAAGUACAUGAUGGACCAUUUAACCUUUUGAGAUGUUUUUUGAUAGUAAUUAAAAAAAAAGUUAUUAAUUUUGAAUAAUUUUUCGUUUAUUUUAGACAUGAAAAUAUGUUCAGAUUACUUUUUAAAAUAAUAUCGUGUAAAUGGUCGCCUUCAGUGUGAAUGGUGUAUUGUGCUCGUUUUCGGCAUUUCCCAUCACUUUUCGAAGUGUUUCCGGCUGAAUAGCGGCCAUUUCCUGUCAUAUAUUACCUUUCAAUACUUCUAGGAUCCGUGGUUAGGUUCAGAUUAAGUAAAAUCUAGACUUUAAACAACCCCACAGAAAAUAGUCUGGAGACGUUAAGUCGGGUGAUCCCGGAGGCUAGUCGAAAUCACCAUUUUUUUUUUUCGAAAUAAAGCGUCCGAGGAACAAAGGAUGUAAUAAAGCGAUUAUGACUUGAGCUGUAUGAGCUCUGGUGCCGUCUUGUUGAAACCAACAGUCGUUUAUGCCUUUAUCAGUCAGAAAUGGAGUCAAAAUAUCCGUUAUCAUGGCCGGAUAAUGCUCUCCGUUGAUGGAUACAGCUGCUCUAGCAUCUUCUUCGAAAAAGAACGGCCCAAAGAUUGUUUUCGUAAAAAUUCUGGCCCAAAAAGUCACACGUUGAUUGUUAAGAGGUUUUUCGUAGAUUAAUUGAGGGUUUUAGUUGGCGUAGACCAACAAUUUUGUUUAUUUAUGGUCCCAUUUAACCAUAAAUACUUCAAAAAGUGAUGAGAAUUGCCGAGAAACGAGCACGUUAUGUUACUCGUUCUAAAGACGACCAUAUAGGCGAUUAUUAAAAAGUAAUAAGAACAAAUUUCCAAAAUAAACGUAAAAUUAUUCAAAAUUAAUAAUUUGUAUUUUUUAUAAAAUUAUUACCAAAAAACAUCCCGAAGGUUCAAACGGCCUACCCUGUGUAUUAAUAAUAAUAAUUUACAGUUUAAGAUUAAUUCUUCGAGUAAAGUGCCUCAACAUUAAGCACUGAAUCUGGUUUGUUCAAAACUUCAAUGUCUGUAUAUAUGUUUAAAGUGGCCAUUUCAUUAAGUUUCUACUGUCCUGUAAUUUUUAUUAAAUGCGUUUUUAGCCUCUUAUUUGUAAAAAAUGAUCUUUAUAAUUCUAGAUGUUAUCAAUUAUUUAUACAUUUCAAAUUGGUAUGAAAAUCAUAAAAUUACGUAGGUACUACGUAAAAUUUGAAAAAAACUAACAAUCAUGUUUCGUAGGCUCACCACCCCCUCCCCCCUAGUUGCGUCACUGUAGAGAAGUAAUGCAAGUAAAUAUAUAUAAUAUAAUAUAACUACAUAAUUACAUACAACUGAAAAUGAAUAGUGAGAAAAUAUAUAUAAUAUACUGAAAAGGAAAAUAAUAUAAAAUCAUAUAUUAUAUAAUUAUAUGAAGCUACGGAACUGCAAUUCAUUUUAUUAAGUAAGAUUCAAGUAUAUAUUAAACAUAAAAAGUUGGGUGAAUAUUAAUUAAUAUGACAAUCAUAUAAAAACAAGUAAUGUCAUUGUUGUGGUCUUGAAACUUUGAUUAAAAUCAACAAAUUUAAUUUCUUCACUUUUUUAUUGCUAAAUUUUGGGUUUACAAUAAGUCACACAAUUACCACGGAUUAUUCAUUGUAGAAGUUAUACGAACAAAAAUCUAUUGGGCAUUUAUUUAUACGUUUAAAUUUUUACAAUUUUUUCCCAAAAACCAUAUGGGAUGAAAACAAAAAAAUCUGAUUUUUUCUGAAAAUAUGAGUGCAUGUAAAAUGUCUAUUUGAUCGGACCACAGGAAGUGGGUCAAAAAUCUAUCAUAAGCUUGGAAUGAAUUUAUAUGAGCAAGUUAUUGUAAGCAUGGCUGUUUAAGCAAGCUGAGUUCAAGUUCAUUGUUACUAUUAUUACCAUUGUUAUUGCUUAAUGCUUACUGAAUAUUUAUUACUUUGUGUUUUUUAAAAAUUGACAGGGUGAUUCUUUUAUCGUAAUCCAUUACCAUUAUUAUAAUCAGUUUAUCUCUUUUACCUACUUCACUAAGUUUAAAUUCAUGUAUCGUUAUAACUAAAACUGUAAAUCCAGUAUAAGUAGUAGUACAUGCAUAUUAUCAACAUUUUAUAAAAAGUAUUAUUUUUCUAAUAAAUAUGUAAAAGGGAGGGGGGGUGGAGCCAUUUGAAAAUCAAAGGUUAGUAUUUGUUUAAAUUAUAAUAAGCGUAUAUAUUUGAAAUUUUUUUAAAAAUAUAGAUCAAAUAAUUUUAGAAUCAUUGCCCCCCCCCCAAAAAGAAUAAAAUUUACUUAAAAUCCUCUGAGAAAAUCGUUGUUUCAUGAUAAAAGAAUUACCCUACAAUAAACAUGCUAUUAUAUUACAUGUUAUACGUCUACAUUGUUUACACACUUAAUGACGAGUAAUAAAUAUGAUUGAAUGAAUACAAAUUUAAACAAGCGUGUUUCAAGAAUUGACUUAGCAAUAUAGCAAUAUACUUAUAGCUGGCAUUUCCAGGGAAUUUUUGACUUGCAUAACAAAGCCGACAUGUUUGAAUCUCGGAUUUCCAUGCUUAAUUCAAAUACCCAUCCCAAACCCUCAUACGUUACUGAUGACAUCCAGGAGUUAGCUGAGCGGGAAAAAUGCAAAUCAAAUAUCAUCAUUCGUGAUUUGCCCGAAUCUUCAUCACCUAACAUUGCAUCUAAAAUAAUGGACGAUAAGAACACUAUUUCUGCACUCUUAACCAAACUAUCCACUGAUAUGCCCAUUGAGUUCAAAAAUAUUCGGCUGGGGAAAUAUAUCUCAUCCACACCUCGUCCGAUUAAACUUAUUUUUACCAGCCGUGAUGUCGCUGCUCAAGUAAUGUCGGCUUUUCGAUCUGCAAAAUCAAACUCUGCUAUAUCUUUACCUCCGAUUUCCAUGGUUCGUGACAAGACUCGGCUCGAACGUGAAUUACUUCGGUCCUGUCAUCAAGAGUUGAAUCGUCGUAUUCGAGCCGGUGAAACUGAUCUCAUCAUAUCUUACCGAAAUGAUGUCCCUUGUGUACUGAAAUUAAAGAUAUCACAUGCCACCAACCGUCGUGCGUAAACGGAUUAAACCGGUCCUGUUCCGUCAACUCAAUGGGUUUUUAACAAAACUGCUGUGGUCUUCGUAAAAAAAUACUCACUUUUAGUUUUAGUAUACAGCUCAAAAAUAAAAAUUUUAAUUAUUUAUUCAUUGUUCUUAUUGAAACUUGGUUAAAUAGUUAACUAAUUUCAAAUUAAUGAGGUCUAACAAAUAUUAUAAUUUAUACAGAUGUAAUCGAUUCCUUUGCACUUGCUCAUUUUUCAGUUCUUUUAUCUAUUUCUAAUCACUCUAUUGAUUUACCACAGAGAUUUGAGAUUUACCACUCAAUAUUUAUUCCGUUUUUUUCUCAACCACAUCAUCGCAAUAGGUGGGGUACUUAUAUUAUAAUUACCUACUCAAUGCCCAAUUAACAUCCAUAUUAUACCCACCUGUCCACAACCGAUUCAUUUAUUCUAAAUUACUAUUCUCAAUCAUUUAUUAUGUGUGGUGAUUUCAAUGCAUUAAGUACAACAUCCCUUAUGUUUACUCUAUUCAUAAAAUCUUCCUAUUCCGCAUUCCAUAAUACUAAACUUGUAAUAUUUGUUAUUUCCAAAUAACAUGUAAUUAUUAUAUGGGCAUUAUUUUAACGUUUGCCUGUUACCUUUUGCAAGCCGACCUUCGUCAAUUUAUUGUAUAUGACAGGUUCUUUGCAAAUAGGGAUAAAUGGACUUUGACGUAUGGGACAAGUUGGGAAAAGUGGACGUCAAAAUAAAGUUUUAAAAUAAAAUUUAAGAAAGUUAAAAAUAGUAAAGUUUAAAAGUUACUUACAUAAUAUGAAUUAAGUGAAAUAUUUUGAGCGAAAAAUAAAAAUUGUAUACUGUUUCCCACGAACAAAUUUUAUUACAGUUCUAGUUAAUUUAUAAAUUAUAAAAUCAAUGAUAAGUAUGUACAUAAAAUAACUAAUCUUAUUGUAAGCACCUUAUCGUUUAUUGUUACAUUACAUCCAAGUUUUUGGUUUUUUAUCAACUGCUUACGAAAAAUUGUAAAAAUAAUUGGACAAGAUUUAUUUUACAGCUAACUUACAGGUAACAGCCCCUCUAAAAAAUAAAGAAAUUUAUUAAUGCGGAAACGAAUUUUAGGAAUUGUUCAAAGUUAUGAAAGUAAAAUUAAAACAAUAUUCCUACGUGGAAUCGCUCAAAAUAUUUCAUUUUAUUUUAUUAUAUAUAUGCAUUUUUAAUUAUCAUACUUCUAUCUUUUUAAACAUUUCUUGGCCUAUUAUUAUAAAUAUAUAGCACUUUUUUAUAUUAUAUUUUAAUUUUUUUUUACUGAUAUUUGUUUAUAUUUAUUUUAUAUUAUUUUUUUGGUGUCCAAUUGUUCCAACCGACCACGUCCAUUUAUUCUAGAUCGUGUUCCUUGGUAUUCCCAUAAACAUUAUACUCUAUUAAUUUAAGUAAUUUAUGGUACUCUUAUUUUAAUAUUUUGUAUUGUAACUCAACUAGUUAUAAUUUUAAGUUAUAUAGUCAACCUUGGACAUCAUUGUAAACUUUUAAACUAUAAUAAUUUUAAUUUGUAAAAAUCGUAAAAUUGUUUUAUUAUUUAAUAAAACUGUUGAAUUUCCUGUUUUCGUGUUCGCCCCACAAUAAAUAAGUAUAAAUAUAUUAUAAGUUUUUUCAACUCAUUGAAUUCACGUUAAAUGCAUAAUCAAUAUAUAUUUUUUUUUUUUAAUUAUAUUGACUUUUCUACAGAAGCCAAAUAAUAUGCAUCUAAAGUUACAUAAAAAAAAAAAAACUAAAAACUUAGACAUUCUCAUAUGGCUAUAAAUAACUCAACAAAUUGCCAGUGUUUUGAAAAUUGUACUGCGUCUAGAAAUUUUGUUUUGUUAAAAAUGUUAAGUCUCAACGAUUAUUGAUAAGUGUAGUUCAACAAAAUUAACAGAAAGCGUUAUUGUGUAAAUUUAUUCGUUAUUUGGUAUUUUCUCCAGUUUUUCUUAAUUAUUAAAAUACUAUAGAAAACAUCAAAAAAUAACUUCCUCAAUACACUAAUUAAACGAAAUAAUAUAUUAAAACCACACCCAAAGUUGAUAAUCAGAGCAAGAUUUCUGAUAGAAAAGUUGUUACAGGUAGGCACACAUUAUACAGUACCAAUAUAUUUUUUCUACAACUAGGAUCGCAGUAAUAAAACAAUAAAAUGCAAAAAAUACUAUAAUGUUAAUAAUUUAUGACUAAACGAUAAAUUUUGAAUAAUGAAAAAAAAAAUAUUUAAUUUAUUUCAAUUGAUGAUGGUUCAUAUUUUUUUUUGUUUUGAAACAAAAUGCAAAAAAAUACGUAUCGUUCCUCCUUUGAGUUCGUCAAAAUACGUAAUUAGAAAGGGAGCGCAAAAAAAAAAAAAAAAAAAUUAAAAAUAGUAGAGGCGCUCCACCCGAAUGUACCCAAUUCGGACAAUAAUGUGCCCUGUGUACACAGAAUUUAUCGUAUAUGAGUCUAACGAUUAGACGAUAGGUAGUAUAAUAUAUUAUAACAACCAAAUAGUUUAUUAUCUUUAGCUCCUCGACUAUUUUAAUUCCGAGUUCCAGCGUAGGUUACGACCGUUAGUCUAUGAUGAUGACGUUUCACGUACAGACGGUUCACGGUGGCGGCGCUUGUUGUUUAUAGGUUUUCUUCGGGAGACCUCUCGUCGGAAGCUGACGAUGCUGAUCCGUCUAUGGCACCGGUCGCAGAUCAUUCAACUGGUCCUGUUCCGGGCACAUCGGCGCCGGGCUCACAGACGCAGCAACGGGCGCAACAGCGGCAGUACGCGUCUAAAACUUCGCGUUCUCAGGCCGCCACCCCGGCUUCCGAAGCGGCGGACAUGCGACUGGAGUUCCAGCAGCAAGCGGGCAGCCGGACUAUUAGCGCGCCGACUAGUCCGGCUAAGACUAGGGACUCGAUUCUGCAACGCGUCCAGUCGCUGACGGACGCGGCAAAAGAAAAGGCUAAUUCACUAAGUAACGACAUCAAGUGUGAGUAUUGAGUAUUAUUAUAUUAUUGUAUCGUGACAUUAUUAUGGAACAAAUUCGUAAGUGGCAAACGUUUGAAAUGGUUGAAUACGUCAGCGGCUUCCGCUAAAAUAAGUCAGUAAACAUCGCUCUAUGAAAUAAUAAAAAAAACAACUUAAUUGAUAAGAAAAAAAUUCAAGUAAUAUCGUAUGAUUUCAAUCAUAGUCUUUUUAGUUAAAAUCAGAUCAACGAAAUAUUAGAGCGAACGGUCUUUAGCUAUCUGCGUUAUCGAAAUGUGUUAACGUUUGCAAUGUCGUUUGGCGAAAGAUACGUUGAAUUUCGCUAUUAUUUUGAUAAUAAAGAACGACAAACGUUUUAAACGUUUGCUGUAUUCAAAACUACUCUUAAUACCUACUGAGUGGUCCGAAAAUCACGUCAUAAUUUGGUGUUUAAGUGAUUCGUUUUUGUUUUCUCGGCACUUUAAAAUGCCACUAAAUUUAAUAUUUUAAUACAAGUAAAACGAUAUAGGUACGACCUUUAACAUUUUGUAUAGAUGUUAGGUACACAGUGAAUAAACCUUUUAACGCGAUUUUUAAUAUGUCUCUGCGCGUCCUAUAAUUAUCAAAUACGUGUAACGGGAUUUAGGUUAGGACAAAAUACACGAUAAAUAAUUGGAUUGUGGAUGAGAAAAAAAUAUCAACAACUCGAGAACGCAUAAUUAAUGUGUACAUUUAGAUGAAUUUCUGGGUAUUUUCCGACUGGUUACGCUUUCGAUUUGUCACGAUAAACAACGGUCCUAAGAAAACGCGAACGUUUUUGUUUUAAACCCUAUAACGCCGUGGUUUUUUGGCUAGAGAAAUAGGAUUAAUUAGAGAAACGGUAGUUAGGAGGAGUGCGAUUACGAGAAAGUGACAGUGAUUUAGACCUUUAAUCGUGCGUUUUGAUAACGCGAAUGGGGCGAUUGAUUAUAUAGCAUUAGAGCCUAUAGGAAACCAUAUAAUAACUGCUACCUAUCGUAUUACGUGACAACCGAUUUAUAUAGUCGUAAACUAAAUAACUGAAGAGCGAUAACCUAUAAUUACUAUUAUACUGUUCAAGUUUGUAUCGAGUUCGUAGAGAUUGUAUGUAGGAAAAAUAAAACAGCCGAUUGUUCGUCAAUUACGUCGUUAGUAAGAUAGUGUCGAGAUUAUUACCGUAAAAACCGAUUACCAAGCACGUCAGGGUUAUAAGGCGUUUUAAACUUAUGUUUAGAAAUCUGAAAAUGAUUUCAAUCAUAAACAACUAAUGCCGACCGUAUUAAGGAAUGGAGAAUAAACAAUUUUAAGGCGACUUUAUAGUUAUGUAUUUAUAUUUCAGUAACUAUUAAUCAGGUUAAAUUAUCGUAAUAACAAAAGCCCCUUUAUUAAGUUCCUCUUAUUUGUUUAAAACAGAUGAAGAAAAAAAAAAAAAAAUGAAUUCUAUUAAUAUUAUAAGUCACAAAAAAAAUACAUUAACAGAAUUUUUUAUUAUGAAACAUUACACAUUGAAGUACAAUAUUUAGAAAACGGGGGAGAAUUUUGUGUCAAUAACGAAAAAAAUAAAUAACAAGUCAUGGGUAAAAAAAAAGGUUUGUACAGAUUUCUUAUAGGCUCUUAUCCUUUUAUUUUAUAUUUAAUAUUUUGAACAACUACUAAAAGUGCCAUCGAUAAAUAAUGUACUUAUAAUGUCGCAUAACACUUCUAGAUUACUUUUUGUCGGAAAAACAAUAACAUUUUUGUCAGUGGCGUGUAUCCAAAACAAAAAAAAUCGGUGUUACUCAAAUAAUUUUAAGUGACCUACCCCUCGUAGUAUUGUUAUACCUACCGAUAAAAUGUAUGUCUAUUAUUUAUUGUACCAUAAAACGGGGUGACUUUGAACAGAUUUUGAUGUUUUUUAAAAUUAUUCUCUAAGUAAUGAUUAGAAAAAUUACAAAAAAAAAUAAAUAAAUAAUGUAUAAUGUAUAUUUAUAUUUUUCUAUAAUAAUAAUACUAAUAUAGUCGUUUUAUUUCAUUACUGUCCUUCUAUAACAAUACCCACACACCCAUGUUUAAAGUGAGCAACAUUUGGACCCUAUAUUACACGCCACUGAUUAUUGUUAUCGUUAACUAACACAAAUGAAUCGUGUGUAUUAUUAACUAAUGUCACUUAGUUUCCCGGGAUCUGAUUUUUACCGCUUUGAAACGUAGACAAAUGAUCACGGGCCCAUUUCGCAACUAUUAUGGCCCCGUCAAAAGCGAUCGGCAAUCCGUAUCCAGUCCCCUUAAUCCGUAAAAUUGUACCGACGUAAUUGUAUUAAUUGUUUAUUAUACACAUUAAUAUUAAUGGCAAACGUGUAAUAAUAAUGUCGUUAUUGUAACGUUACAGACGCGGCGGCUACUAGGCGGCAACAGAGAGUGAACAAAGACCGUAUGCUGACGUUGCUCGUCGUCGACGACGAGAAUUACGACUGGUAAACAAAGCGAACCGUUCGGUCGUCGGAAACGGGCGCCGGCCUAUACCGACUUCAAUAUAAAUACAUUUUUUUUUUUCUCAUCGUAGGUCCAGAUACUUCCGGGGCAAGCGUUUCUUUGGCGAUUUCGAGGUGCACGUCGAACAAGCCGAUAUCAAAGACCUGACCGUUACCGCGAGCGCGGAAAAAGGAUGCACCGUGAGCAUGGCAGUGCUCUCGCCGUCCGGUUCCCGCGUGGUCCGGUCGUUCAGGCCGGAUUUCUUUUUGUGCCGGCAGAGCGUUAGGGACGCCGACCGGGACUACAGGAACGUUUUGUUGGGUCUGAACAUCGGCGGCGUGCCCAGUAUCAAUUCGCUGAACUCGUUGUACAAUUUUCAGGUACCUGCAUUAUCAUAAUAUACGCGCGACAAACGGCACGGCGUAUUGUCCGGGGUCGUACAAUCAUAAUAAUAUGAUAAUAUAUAGAUAUAUUAUGUGUGCUAAGAUUUUACAAUCGUUGAUUUAGAGGGAUAACAUAAGGAGCCUGGGCCACACACUCGUCUGCCUAAUCUCGGUAAUGUAGGCUAUGGUUUAAUAAACAACUUUUGUAAAGUUGCGAAGUAAAAUUCACCUGAAAUAUCCGACAAAAUGUAAAGAAAAAAAAAAUGUUUUUUAACUGUAAUAUGAAUUUUGGUAAAUAUGUUUAACAGGGUAGUUAACUACUUUUAAGUACUUUGUUUCACCCUAAUCCAAAAAAAAAAAAAAAAAUUAAAAUAAAAAACAGUCCUAAAUCUGCCACAUGAAAAUUUGAAUAAUAAAUGCAUAUUUUUAGGUACGAUAGAUGCAUUAACAAUAACUGUUUUUACUUUGAAAAUAACGAUAGUUUAUAUAAAUUUAUUUUAUUUCUGUAAAUCAUAGGAUAAGCCAUGGGUAUAUGGGCAAUUGGUGCAACUUCAGAAGAAAUUGGGCAAAGAAAACUUCCCGCUGAUUGAACAGACAUUUUACCCGAGUUCCGGUGAAAUGGUAAGAUAAAAACACAUAGUAAAAGUGUCCAUGGGAAUCGAUAAUAGAAUGUAAUUACUUAUGGUAUUGCGUUUCAGUCGGUGGCUACUCAACUACCGGUGGUACUCAAAGUCGGACAUGCUCACGGCGGUGUGGGUAAAAUAAAAAUCGAAAACAAUGCUGACUUCCAAGAUAUGACGUCAGUCGUAUCUGUUGCUUCGACAUAUUGUACCACGGAACCAUUUGUUGAUAGCAAAUACGAUUUGCAUUUGACUAAGAUUGGUACUCACUAUAGAGCUUUGAUGUGAGUGAUUUCUGUGAUCAUAAUAUUGUUAAUCAGCUAAUAUGGAACACGUGUCUUUUAGGCGCAAAAGUAUUUCGGGCAACUGGAAAUCUUGCGUAGGUUCAGCGAUGUUGGAGGAAACCGAAGUUUUGGAAAGAUAUAAAUUUUGGCUGGAUUCCGUGGCGGAACUUUUUGGUGGUUUGGAUAUUUUGGCAUUGGAAGUGGUCGUAUCAAAAGAUGGAAUAGAGAAUAUCAUCGGUGUUAAUGAUUCAGCAUUGUCCUUGUUGGGUAAUCAACAAGACGAAGAUAGAAAACAUAUUUUCGAUUUGGUUAUGGAAAGAUUAGAAGUAAAUGUGAACAUUUAUAUAAUUUAAUGUUAGAUUCAAGUUCACAUAGGUUUAAGAACAUAUCGGAUAAUGAUUCUAUCGAUUGAUUUAAUAUUAAAUUAAUUCAUUUUAUGAUUUUUGAUUAUAUUUUGUUAAACGUGUGUGAUUAAGAUUAUUAACAAAAUGUAUUGAACUUUAGGUACAAGUUUUAGCAAACAUGGGUCCUCAGACAAUGGCACCUACACUGCAAGAAGAAGAACCACCAGCUAUUCCUGCAAGACGAGAUUCUUUAGGUAAAACCGGUUAUAAUAGUUUAGUAACACAAAAAAUUACAUACUUAAUUGUCGUAAUAAAAAUCAAUAUUUGUUCUACUUGAUUAGUGUCCGAAAGCAGUGUGACCAGCAGUCACCAGUCGUCUAGUCAGCCUCCGAAAACUAAUUUGAGCCGUCAAGGUUCGAUAGUCUCAGCUCCGGUACCCGCGUCUCAGAAUAAAGUGCCAGCAUUGGACGAUUCCGAAGACACUAUGAAAAAUUUGAGAAAAACGUUUGCAGGCAUUUUCGGUGAAAUGUAAACUCACCAGAACAAUGUGUCAUUAUAACCAACAAAAAAAUAUUUAAGAUAAUAACCAAUAUUUUUUUUCAUGUAUAACAAUUGAACGUCUUUUUUUAAGUAAUAUUUUAACAAAUUUUAUGUUCAUUUAACAAAGCGAAAAUCAUAGUUUAGUAACGAUAAUUAUAAUAUACGGUAGAUUGAAAACCGUACGCGCACUAGAUAUAAACAUUAUACAAUGAUACAUUGACUGAUGGGAUCAAAAAUAAAAAUCUCCGAGGACAUAAUAUUAUUGUUUAAAAAAAUUAUUUAGAAAAAAGCCUGUUAAGUAUUUAUUAUUGUUUAAUAUUGAAACUAUCGUUUCGUUUAUACGCUAAUAUUUGUUUUAGAAAAUAAUUCUCAUCCGCCAAAAUUUGACGGUUCUAGAUUUUUAAAUAUACUUACGCUAUCAAUAUUAAUAUUAUAACUAUAACACUUAGGUAUAGAUACUCUAAAAUAUUAUUAUUAUUAUAUAGUAUAGGUAUAGUGUAGAUGUUCUAUAGUACAUUUUUGACUUUUAAAACAGUUGUAACCGUGGUUAAACAUGGCAUAUUGUGUGAUCAACUAAAGCAAUACAAUUUAUAAAUUAUUAUGAUAAUUGUAGAAAAUAAAUAGAAUAGACAUAAUCUAUAUAAUAUACGGAUAUUAUACAAUAACUCUUUUGGCUUUGUAUACCUAAAAUUAUUGAUUUUAAAUUCUCUCCUAUAUCAAAUAUAAUAUAACACAUUUUUCAUAUUGGUAACCCUAGAAUAUUUAUUGAAACUUUAAUAUACCUAGUUAGUAAGUUUUUGACACCAAAACAAACAAUACAAUAAUAAUGUUAAUUUUUCAUAAUAUUUUUAAAAGAUAAAAUAACUUUAUAUUCCUAAUUUUAACGCAGUAACAUUUUAUAACAAUACUAUUAUAUAAAAUAAUAAUUUACCAUCAUAAAACGUAAUAUAUUAUUAUAUACUAAUUAUAAAUACAAUUAUAAUUACAAAACAUAUAAAACUAAUAGUAGUUGAUUUUUUUCUUUUAUAGUUAUUCGAAUUUGAUACAAUAUUUUAUGACAAUUAUACUUAAAUAAAUUUUAAUUAUUAUUACUAUGAUUACUCUUUGUUAGAUUCAUAGUAUAUACUAUCGUAUUUGUACGAAUCUCAAAUUGUAAUAAUAUUUAUUCACGAU